UUACAUCCAGCUGAGCUCACAUCUUCUCUCAACAUGACCUGCAGCUGCAACUCUGCCAACUUCUCCUCCCACUCCCUUAGGACCUGCCUGCCCUCCUCGGGUUCCUCCUGUGGCUCUUCCUACCCCAGCAACCUGGUCUACACCACCACCAUCUGCUCUCCCAGCACCUGCCAGCUGCGAUCCUCUCUCAUCAGUGGCUGUCAGGAGACCUGCAUUGAGCCCAUUAGAUGCCAGAAGUCCUAUGUGGUGUCCAGCCCCUGCCAGACAGCCUGCUACUACCCCAGGAACUUCACACCUUGCAGUCCCUGCCAGGGGACAUAUGCUGGGUCUCUGGGCUUUGGAUCUAGAAGCUGUCGUUCCCUGGACUAUGGAUCUAGAAGCUGUUACUCAGUGGGCUGUGGACCCAGUGCCUUCAGAUCUCUGAAUUGUGGAGUCUCUGGCUUCCCUUCCCUGGGUUAUGGGUACAGAUAUUAUUACCCAAGCUACUUGGUGUCUCAUUCCUGCCAACCUUGUUACAGACCAAUCUGUGGAUCAGGUCUUUAUGGAAUCAGUUGUUAA